GAUCCUAACGGCUGUUUCAAGAAGAGCUAUCCAGUUUGCCCCCAUUGCCGGGCCAUCGUUGUUAUUCAGAGCUCUGCGUGCCACACGCAAUGUCUCAUCUUCUUGCCGCUCUGAUCUUCAACUGUUUGUUUAUUGCUUGUCUUACCGCUCCACAAGAACAUGUCUGGACAGAAGAGGUCGUUUCUUAUUCUGGAUUUCAAUUGUGGUCGAUCACACCUCACACAAAUGAAGGACUUGAAUUCCUGCUGAAAAUUCAACGCGAUUACGAACUCGAUGUGUGGAAAGAAAGCAGAUCCAUAAACAACACAAUGGAUCUAAUGAUACCUCCAGAUUUCCAGUCGGAAUUGAAAUUACGUUUGGCCGAUGCCGAAAUCCCGUACCUGGUGAAAAUAGGCGAUGUUCAAACGCUAAUCAACAACGGCAAUGCAAACGUUACAAACUUAAACGAAAAUAUUAAAGCACGAGCCUACAAAAUGGACUGGACUAGCUUUCAUCGUUUAAGUGAUAUAUACGACUACCUUACUUACCUGGCCAAAACUUAUCCGCAAAUUGUCAAAUUGAUUAAUAUUGGCUGGUCAUACGAAGGUCGGCCACUUUACGUUGUCCGUAUCUCAUCAGCUUCUUCGCCGGAUACUAACCCAGCCAUCUGGAUCGACGGAGGAAUUCACGCGAGAGAAUGGAUUACCCCAGCCGUUGCGACGUAUAUUAUCCACCAACUCGUAGAAGUUGCUGGUAACGCGGGCCUCUCGACUAACGUUGACUGGUACAUUAUGCCCGUGAUCAAUCCUGAUGGUUACGAGUAUACACACAGGAAAAAUCGCCUAUGGCGAAAAAGUCGUUCUAAGGUUGCGUUAUUUUGUCGAGGUGUUGAUCAAAACCGGAACUUUGGUUACAAGUGGGGAGGAUUGGGCGCUAGCCGACAACCGUGCACUGAAACUUUUCGCGGACCCGCUGGUUUUUCCGAGCGUGAAACUGCUGCCGUUUCAAAUUUCAUUCAGGGCAAAUCGACCAAAAUUAAAGUCUUUAUCACUCUUCAUAGUUAUGGUCAGUAUAUACUACUUCCUUGGGGUUAUGAGGCCCUUCGUCCUGCAGAUUAUGAUGAAUUGUUAGCAUUGGCGGACGAUGCUGCGUCCAAAUUUGUACGUUUCAAGUAUACUGUAGGCAACACUGCUGAAUUACUUUACUCAGCAUCUGGUGGUUCGGUGGACUGGGCGAAAUCUAUAGGCAUCAAAUACAGCUAUGGCGUCGAAUUAGGCGAUACUGGAACCUACGGAUUCGUUUUACCCCCCUCGCUAAUCCUGCCAAUAUGUGAAGAUUUUUUUCCAGCAUUGAAAGUCUUCGCCGACAAGGCAGACAGUAUGACACAUUAGUGACUUCUAAUUUGCGAUACGGCCCAGCCAAAAU